AAAUCCCCCUAAAUCUUAAAUUAUAAGUUCUUUUAUAAUAAUACAGGCUGCAUUCUUUAACUUUAUAAACGUUAGUUUGUCCGUUGAAGUUCAUAACCCACUAACGUUACAAUUUUACAAAUUCACCCCAUACCAAUUAAAAUUACAUUUUCCCCCAAUUAAAAUUACAUAUGUGUACGUAUUGCGUUUCUUCUGCGUUUGGAGAAAUCGAAAUGGUGCAGAAGAAGGGGAAGAACCACGAAAGCGACGAAGAAGAAGACAACACUUUCUACUAUCGCUACGCCUCCGUAGCAGCGUCGUCGGACCCUAAUCCCGUGUCCGCCGGAAAACCGAGAAGUUCCGGCGGCUCCGGCGGAUUGGCGCCAUCGAAAUCGACGGUGUAUGUCUCCAAUCUGGACUACGCCCUCACCAACUCCGACCUCCACACCCUCUUCUCCACCUUCGGGAAGAUCGCUCGCGUCACCGUUCUCAAAGACCGUCAAACGCGCCAAUCUCGCGGGGUCGCGUUCGUUCUCUACGUCUCCCGAGACGACGCGGUCAACGCGGCGCGAUCCAUGGACGGGAAGAUCCUCAAUGGCCGGAAGCUGACGGUAUCGAUCGCGGUGGACAACGGACGAGCUCCGGAGUUCAUAAAGAAGAGAGUGUACAAGGACAAGUCGAGGUGCUACGAGUGUGGGGACGAGGGGCAUCUCUCGUACGAGUGCCCUAGGAACCAGCUGGGUCCGAGGGAGAGACCUCUGCCGCCGAAGAGGCGAGGGCAGCGGAGGGACGCGGAGGCGGAGGCGGAGACGGAGGGGGAGGAAGCGGCGGAGGGAUUCGAGGAGGAGAAUUGGGCGUCGGCGGUGGAUAAUGAAGCGGGAGAGAGGCUGAGGAUGAGAGAGGAAGAGGAAGAGAGGAGGAUGAAGAAGAGGAAGAGAGGGGAGAGUGGUGGUGGGAAGAAAGCUAGCUACUUCAGUGACGAGAGUGAUGAAGAUGAUUGAAAACCCCAUUUUCAGAUUUUCAUGAUGGAACUGCUAGUUAGAUGUAUUCCAUGUGAUUCUUGAUCUCAGCAUUCUGGGUAAAAAUGGUGUCCUGUGGUGCUCAUCAUCAUCCGGAGAGCAUGGACUUUGCAACCUGAAUGGCAGUAGUAACACAUAACGAGACAUGUAUAAUGUUAUUAUACACUGUGAGAUUGAUAGUUCACAUAACAGUUAUGUAAUCUGAAGCUGAAAAAGGGUACUCAGUUGCAGGGAACAGAUAAUGAAAAGGGCCAUGCAAAUUGGUUUUCCUUAAAAUGGCUUUUGGGGCCUUCUGAUACAAACACAGGAGAGUGUGACUGUCUGAAGAUAAAAAAA